AGACGUUGGGAGGGGGACAGGGCGGGGAGCGGAGGGAGAAUGCGAGGACGAAGGGGAGGGGAAUGGAGAGGGGAGGGUAAAUAGUGGGCUAGGCAGGAAGAUGGCGGCCGUAGCAGAGGUGUGAGUAGAGCCGAUUCUCUGUAGCUUGUUUUUUUUCUUUUCUUCCUCUCUCUUUCCUUCCCCGUUUGAGAUUGGCAUCAAGGGGAUUGAGUUCGGGUGGCGGCGCCAGGCGCAACACAGGGGUUACGGCUACGGCGGUGGCGGCUGACGGGUGGAAGAGCAGGCUUCCUUCGCCGCUCGUCCUCCUUCCCCGCUCCGCUCGGUGUCAGGCGCGGCGGCGGCGCGGCGGGCGGACUUCGUCCUUACUCCUGCUCCCCUCCGCGUCCGAGCGGACAGUUUUACGUUCGCCAUCCCCGAACCCUUCACCCCGGGGACUGGGCGCCUCCCCCGGCGCACUCCAGGGAGCGGAGGCCAGUCUCCUGCUUGGCUGUCGCGCCUCCAUGUCGGAUAACCAGAGCUGGAACUCGUCGGGCUCCGAGGAGGAUCCGGAGACGGAGUCCGGGCCGCCUGUGGAGCGCUGCGGGGUCCUCAGCAAGUGGACAAACUACAUUCAUGGGUGGCAGGAUCGUUGGGUAGUUUUGAAAACAAAUGCUCUGAGUUAUUACAAAUCUGAAGAUGAAACAGAGUAUGGCUGCAGGGGAUCCAUCUGUCUUAGCAAAGCUGUCAUCACGCCUCAUGAUUUUGACGAAUGUCGAUUUGAUAUUAGUGUAAAUGAUAGUGUUUGGUAUCUUCGUGCUCAGGAUCCAGAUCACAGACAACAGUGGAUAGAUGCCAUCGAACAGCACAAGACCGAAUCCGGAUAUGGCUCUGAAUCCAGCCUGCGCCGACAUGGCUCAAUGGUGUCACUGGUGUCUGGAGCAAGUGGCUAUUCUGCAACAUCCACCUCUUCAUUCAAGAAAGGCCACAGUUUACGUGAGAAAUUGGCUGAAAUGGAAACUUUUAGAGACAUCUUAUGUAGACAAGUUGAUACUCUACAGAAGUACUUUGAUGCCUGUGCUGAUGCUGUCUCCAAGGAUGAACUUCAAAGGGAUAAAGUGGUAGAAGAUGAUGAAGAUGACUUUCCAACAACACGUUCUGAUGGAGAUUUCUUGCAUAACACCAAUGGCAGUAAGGAAAAGUUAUUUCCUCAUGUAACACCAAAAGGGAUUAAUGGUAUAGACUUUAAAGGGGAAGCAAUAACUUUUAAAGCAACUACUGCUGGAAUUCUUGCUACACUUUCUCACUGUAUUGAAUUAAUGGUAAAACGCGAGGAUAGCUGGCAAAAGAGACUGGAUAAGGAAAUUGAGAAGAGAAGAAGAAUAGAGGAAGCAUACAAAAAUGCCAUGACAGAACUUAAGAAAAAGUCCCACUUUGGAGGACCAGACUAUGAGGAAGGCCCGAAUAGUCUGAUUAACGAAGAAGAGUUCUUUGAUGCUGUUGAAGCCGCUCUUGACAGACAAGAUAAAAUAGAAGAACAGUCACAGAAUGAAAAGGUCAGGUUACAUUGGCCUACAUCCUUGCCAUCUGGAGAUGCCUUUUCAACUGUGGGGACUCACAAAUUUGUCCAAAAGCCCUAUAGUCGCUCUUCCUCCAUGUCUUCCAUUGAUCUUGUCAGUGCCUCUGACGAUGUUCACAGAUUCAGCUCCCAGGUUGAAGAGAUGGUACAGAACCACAUGACUUACUCAUUACAGGAUGUAGGCGGAGAUGCCAAUUGGCAGUUGGUGGUAGAAGAAGGAGAAAUGAAGGUAUACAGAAGAGAAGUAGAAGAAAAUGGGAUUGUUCUGGAUCCUUUGAAAGCUACCCAUGCAGUUAAAGGUGUUACAGGACAUGAGGUCUGCAAUUACUUCUGGAAUGUUGAUGUUCGCAAUGACUGGGAAACAACUAUCGAGAACUUUCAUGUGGUGGAAACAUUAGCUGAUAAUGCAAUCAUCAUUUAUCAAACACACAAGAGAGUGUGGCCUGCUUCUCAGCGAGAUGUUUUAUAUCUUUCUGCCAUUAGAAAGAUACCAGCCUUGACUGAAAAUGACCCUGAAACAUGGAUAGUUUGUAAUUUUUCUGUGGAUCAUGAUGGUGCUCCUCUAAACAAUCGAUGUGUCCGUGCCAAAAUAAAUAUUGCUAUGAUAUGUCAAACGUUGGUAAGCCCCCCAGAGGGAAACCAGGAGAUUAGCAGAGACAACAUUCUAUGCAAGAUUACAUAUGUAGCUAAUGUGAACCCUGGAGGAUGGGCACCAGCCUCAGUGUUAAGGGCAGUGGCGAAGCGAGAGUAUCCCAAGUUUCUAAAACGUUUUACUUCUUAUGUUCAAGAAAAAACUUCAGGAAAACCUAUAUUAUUCUAGUAUUAACAGGAAGUGACUGAAGCAAGGCUGUGUGACAUUCCAUGUUGGAAAGAAAAAACAAAAUUGAAUGCUCUGAGCUGGAACGUAGGAUCUAUAGCCUUGUCUGUGGCCCAAGACCUUGGCCUUGUGUACAAAAAUGAAGAAAUAUUGCAGUAGCAAAGCUGAACAUCUUAACACUAGCCAUCUCCUGCUAGAUCUCCUCACUCAGCAUCUAACUAUAAAUACAUGUAAAGUUACAUGUAUAAGGCUAUAUUUUUAUUUGCUUGCUUCUAGAAGAGAAAAAAAUCAACUUUGAAUUACAACUAGGAAUUGAUGCUUUAAUUUUUGGAAACCUUUUCGGAAUUUUUAAUUUACUAUAGUCCAGCCUAAGAUCCUCAGUUGUAUCAGGUUUUGUGCACAAAAGAAAAGCACAAUAGUUGAACGCACACGGGGUAUGUGCUUUCUGUGCACCAGAUAUCUGAAUGGGGUUCUUUUUUCGGGCCUACAGUCAAAUCUGUGCCCAGAAUUUUUUGACUUUUUUGCUUUGUAUAAUCAGAGAAUUCAUUGCUGCUGAUUUCUAUAUUGAUUCAUGUUGUCAUGUAAAGUGUCUCUUAAAUAACUGAGGGCUGUCAAUAACCUGUGAUUUUGCCUUUUUUAUAGUCUUACUCCCAUGAAGAACCUUGGUUCUGAUGGAGAAAGUGUGAAAAGCUUUAUUUCUUCCCCCAGAUUCUUUAUAUUUCUAUUGUAUUUUUUGUUGUGUACUGUGUGCUGCAGAAUUUCUUCAGUUUGUUACAAACACGGUUUGGUAAUUCCUAAACUGACUCUGCCUGCCUCCAAACAGAAACUUCUUUGCAAAUCGUGUGGGUGUAGACUACUUUUGGUAAAUGGUCAGGAUGAAAUGAGCUUAUGAUUUCCUGAGGUUUUAAGACUAUGUGAUGUUACUUGUUAAAGCAAAUGAGACUCUUUGAGUUUGACAAUGGAUUCAAUAUUUCUAGCAUUCAGUAAAACAGGUAUGUUUGUUAGUUCUCCCAUUUUGGGUCGGUUUAAAGAUGUGUGGCAACAUAUGCAUAGAAAAUGUGUGAACAUUGUGCCUAUUUGCCUCUUGAUCAGAAACUGCAGCAGAGCAGUAAAGAAUUCCACUUCAAGCUGAAAUGCUUCCCUUAGUUGCUGUAAGAACUUAAAUGUAAAAUACCUUUUUUAGUUUUAGGUCUCUGUGAAAACCCUUGAAGCGUGGAGUUCAGGCAAAGAAUGGUACUCACUGAAGUAGAAAUGACAGCCCACUUCAAGAACAAGAUUGUACUUGUAAACAAAUGUGUUUCUAUAAAUCAGAGGCAUUUUGUAGAUGCUUUGUUGACUUACUCAUCUCUGUAGAAACACAGAAAUCAGACCCAUUUUGUAAAGCAGAAAGCCAUGUCACGUGGAACAUGUCCUGUAUAUAUUUCAUACAUGGUAAUGGAGUCUUAAUGCUAAAUGCAAGGUGAUAAUUUAAUGAUGGGAUUAGUCUGAUUACUUAAUAUGCACAAUCCUGGAAGUGAAUUACUUGCAUCAGAUAUAGUGGUAUUUAUUAUUCUGUACAGAGAGAAAAAUGCAUAUAAAACAUGCUUACAUUACAUGCACGCAAAUUUCAUGCUCCAUAAAUCUUUUCUAUUUUUUAAUUUACCUUUCUCUAAAUGAUGUGCAUGGAAUAUGCCUUAUUGCAGAAAAAUGCUGUUCAUAAUUUGACUAUGUGGAAAAGUGCCUCUAUGGUGGUAAUGCUAGUAAGGCAAAUAAGACAAAUUAUCAUAUCAGUUUACUACAUCACCAGUUAACAUUUUAUAUUGUGAUGUUUAAAAAGAGAAAAGUUUAUACCUCAAAUGUGUAUUUUAUUUUACAAUCAGCUGUGGGGUUGGGAUGGGAGCGUGGGAGGGCUUGGGAGGGAAGGUUAUUCACCAUAGCCACUGAUGGGAAUCUUCAAAAAAAAUAUGCCGACUAUAAAUGUUUCUCUGUUUGCCAUUUCUGAUAACUAUCGUGAACACAGAUAAGAAGUUUUCAUAAUUAAAUUGGAUAGCUUUAUUUUACAAAGGUAUGGAAAGUUUACAAAGCAGUAUCUAAAUCUAAUUAUCAUUAGUUGCAUUUGCACUAAAGGUGAUGAUGUACUUUUGCAAUUUAUUCUGUAAAUAAAAUGAUUACACUAAAAAUAUUUAUAUUUAAAAAAGGAAGAAAAAAAAUACAUUUUACGUUUAGAGAGCUGCACUGGUACUUCACUAGAGGGAAUCCCACCCACUCAGAUUUAGAAAUGAGGGAGACUAGGAAAAGUUCAAAAGAGGGCAAUACCUGGAGAGAUACUGGCCUUUCAGAUAGUAUUCAGAGUCUCUAGAAUUAUUUUCAUAUGGCUAAUUCCUGUAUAUGAAGCAUCUAUGAUGUUUUCUCUUCCAUAGAUACUUCCUAUUUCUCUGUCCCCAAGCCAAAAAAAAAAAAAAAA